AAGACUGAUGGAGCCUCCAGAGGAGCAGAGAAGGUGACACUAACUCCUGAAGCCUCCAGAACUCCUUUCACUCCAAAGCCUUUGACCUCAACAUGAAGAUCUCUACAGCGCUUCUGUGCCUACUUCUUAUGGCUGCCACCAUUGGCCCACAGGUGUUGGCUAGGCCAGAUUCAGUGUGCAUCCCUGUCACCUGCUGUUAUAAAAUGGUUAAUAAGUUCCGUAUGCAAAGGCUGAAGAGCUACAGGAGAAUCACCAGCACCCAGUGUCCCCAGGAGGCUGUGAUCUUCAGGACCAUACUGGAUAAGGAGAUCUGUGCUGACCCCAAGAAGAAGUGGGUUAAGAACUCCAUAAAGUACCUGGAUCAGAAUUCUAUAACUCGGCAUCCUUGAACCUCCCUGUCUAGGCUGAGAGUCCCAGGAAAAGCUUAUGUACUUUCCCCCAACCUUCCCCGUGGGCAGUGUGAUAGUAAUUUAUUAUGAUAUCUAAAGAGAGGUGCCUUUAAUAAUUUAAAGCGCAGACCUGUUUAAGAAAUAUUUAAUGAUGUUUAACUUAUAUUUUGGCCAAAUGAAUGUAAUUUAAUGUACAAA